AUGUGGGAGGAGAAGAUGACCUGGCUAAGGCACUGGGAGGAGAGGAUGGCUGAGCAGGAUGUUCAGAUGGAGGAGGAGACUACAGUGGAGGUCAGUGAUGAAGGUGCAGCAGUCAAGAUGUCCCAUGAGGAGGUCCCACAGCCAGCUCACAAGAUGAUUGCUGAGAGCAACAAUGAUGGGAGGCCCCAGGUAUCCAUCCCCCCAGGGUUGGUACUGCAUGCAGUGCCCUGCACAUGGUGCACCAUCAAAGGAAUGCCAUGCAUCAGGCCAAGUGGCAAGAUGUGCAAUGGAUGCAUGAAGAUGAAGCAAGGCUGCAAGGAGUCAAGCAAGGCAGGGGGCAGGAAAGUGCAGACCAGUGCAUUGGUUGCAUGUGCUACUAAGGCCCCCAAGGCCAGUCUGUCCAAGUGGGCUCACAAUGAUGAUAGUGAUGACAUUGUGGAAGUGGUCAAGGGCAAGACCUGUGGGAAGGGCAAGGAGCCAGUGUGUGGCAGAUUCAAUGGCAAGACCACCAUGGAUAUCUCACAGGCCCUUGGGAUGGUCAGGGAUGAGGCUGUGGCUGCACAUGUAGCCAACCUUCAUCUUCAGGUCUGUGUUGAGCAGCUGUCAGAGGCCCUGGUGAAGCUGGGAGUAGAGUAG